UCUGCUAUCACAAAAUUGUCAGCAAUAGUUCACUGCCUUAGCACUCUCAGUUUCAUUCACUUACCCUUUCUUGUUAUAUUUCAAAUAUCAUAAGCUAAGGGCACUCAACAGAAUAUGGUGUUCCCAUUGGUGCUCCUAAGGCUUGGAAAUUGGAUCAUGUACCAGCUACUUGUUAAGUCAUAUUAUGGAGUUGCGAGAAAAAUUAAGAGCUAUGGAUUUGGUUGGGGUGAUUUUUCAUCUAAGCAAUUGCAACAACCUUCUCCUUUUCCUAGUGUUGUAAAGUGUGAUUUGGAGGGUAGAGGGUCACAAACUAUGGUUUGUGAUAUUCAUAAGGUCCUACUAAGGACACAUUCUUUCUUUCCCUAUUUCAUGCUUGUUGCCUUUGAAGGUGGUAGCAUCUUAAGAGCACUUCUCUUACUUUGUUCUUGUCCUAUUCUGUGGAUUCUAAACUAUGAAAUGAAGCUUAGGGUCAUGAUCUUCAUCUCCUUCUGUGGACUCAAAGUGAAGAACAUGGACAACACUGCAAGGGCAGUUUUACCAAAGUUUUAUUUGGAGAACCUCAACCUUGAGGCUUAUGAGGUAGUGGCUUCAGCAGGGUGUAGAGUUUUCUUCACCACUAUGCCAAGAGUGAUGGUAGAAGGAUUCCUUAAAGAGUAUUUGAAUGCUGAUGAUGUUAUAGCUACAGAAUUGCACACUGUUGGUUGUCACUUCACUGGUUUGCUCUCUAGUUCUGGUUUGCUUAUGAAGCACAGUGCCCUCAAGGAUUACUUUGGAGAUACUAAGCCUGACCUUGGAAUUGGUAGCCCAAGAAUCCAUGAUCAACUUGUUAUCUCUUAUUGCAAGGAAGCAUAUGUGGUGAUCAGUGAAGAGGGCAAAGCAAUGCCAAGGGACAAAUAUCCUAAACCUCUAAUAUUUCAUGAUGGAAGACUAGCAUUUUUGCCUACUCCUUCAGCAACUCUAUGUAUGUUCCUUUGGCUUCCAAUUGGAAUUAUAUUAGGCAUAUAUAGAAUUUUCCUGGGUGUUUUCCUAUGUGGUAAUUUUACACUCAUGCUAGCAACAUAUAGUGGUGUAGAUUUGAAUUUCAAAGAUUGUAACAAAAAAGGGUCAGAAUUAAAUGAAGGGGUACUCUAUGUUUGCACACAUAGGACACUAUUGGAUCCAAUUUUUCUUAGCACAUGUUUGGGAAAGCCUUUAACUGCUGUCACAUAUAGCUUAAGCAAAGUGUCUGAGUUGAUAGCCCCUAUUAGGACCAUGAGACUGACAAGGGACAGAAAACAAGAUGGAGAUACUAUGAAAAGGUUGCUUUGUGAAGGAGAUUUGGUGGUGUUCCCUGAAGGAACAACUUGCAGGGAGCCAUAUCUACUAAGGUUUAGUUCUUUGUUUGCAGAAUUGGCUGAUGAGAUUGUACCUGUGGCUAUGAAUGCUCAAGUGAACAUGUUCUAUGGGACUACAGCUAGUGGACUAAAAUGUUUGGACCCAGUUUUCUUUUUCAUGAAUCCUAGGCCUAGAUAUGACAUUGAAAUCCUUGGAAAGGUUCCUAAGGAACUCACAUGUGCUGGUGGAAGGUCUAGUCAUGAAGUGGCAAACUAUAUACAGAGACAAUUGGGUGAUGCUUUGGGAUUUGAGUGCACCAACCUUACAAGGAGGGAUAAAUAUAUGAUGUUAGCUGGGAAUGAAGGGGUUGUUCAAGAAAAGAAAGGGGGAAGAUUGUGUUGA